AUGUUCACUUUCUGUUCUCUGCUCGGUGCACAGAGCGAAUCAGCUGCCUCACAAUCACUUUUGGAGCUUGACGGGGGUGUCAAAAUCUUAGUUGAUGUUGGAUGGGAUGAGUUAUUCGACGUAGCAAAACUUAAAGAGCUCGAGAAACAAGUUCCUACGUUAUCGAUAAUUCUCCUCACUCACGCAACCAUUUCACACAUCGGAGCUUUUGCGCAUUGUUGCAAACACUUCCCUCUAUUCACGCGAAUACCAAUAUAUGCAACUCUUCCCGUGAUACAGCUUGGCCGUACACUCCUGCAAGAUCUUUACUCUUCUUCACCAUUGGCUGGUACAACUAUACCGGCAUCAGCACUUUCCGAAGCGUCUUAUUCGUGUUCGCAAAAGUCGGUAAUAAACAUAGAUUCUGAUAUACUUCUACCAUCACCUACGAACGAAGAGAUACAAACUUACUUUGGACUCAUACAUCCUCUCAAAUACUCGCAACCCCAGCAGCCCCUACCAUCCCCCUUGUCUCCGCCAUUGAAUGGAUUAACUAUUACCGCCUACAAUGCAGGACACACUCUUGGAGGUACGAUUUGGCACAUUCAGCAUGGACUCGAGUCAAUAGUUUAUGCUGUCGAUUGGAAUCAAGCACGUGAAAAUGUCUUGGCAGGAGCGGCAUGGUUCGGUGGAGCUGGUGGGGGCGGAGGCGAGAUUAUUGAACUACUUCGAAAACCGACUGCUUUGAUUUGUAGUAGUAGAGGCUGCGAGAGGUCUGCGCUACUUGGGGGUAAGGCAAAACGAGAUGAGUUACUCCUUGAGAUGAUUAAGUCUGCGGCCCGUAAAGGAGGAAUUAUUCUCAUACCCACUGAUUCAAGCGCCCGAGUGAUGGAACUCGCAUACUUACUCGAGCACGCCUGGCGAAGCGAGACAGAAGACGAUAGUAGCCCUUUACAAGCUUCAAAGCUAUACCUAGCAAGCAAAAAUAUAGGCGCAACAAUGCGAUACACAAGAAGUAUGUUAGAAUGGAUGGACGAAGGAAUAGUCAGGGAAUUUGAAGCAAACGCCGGUACUCAACAGAAGCAAGGGGUACAAGAUAAUGUAUCGAACGUUGGACCCUUUGAUUUUAAGCAUCUAAGGUUACUCGAACGGAGAGGACAAAUAGACCGUGUUUUGGGAGAAACAGAUAGUCUUGGAAGAUCGAUCAGCAAAGUUAUUGUUGCCAGUGAUACUUCUUUAGAAUGGGGCUUUUCUAGAGAGGUUCUACGAAAGAUAGCGGACGAUAGUCGUAAUCUGGUUAUUUUAACCGAACGGGCUGGUAUGCCCAAUGGCGAGGAUUGCAAACCUAGCUUAGCUAGAACACUCUGGUCCUGGUGGGAAGAACGUAAGGACGGGAUAAUUUCUGAGUCGACGAAGAGCGGAGAGGCUCUCGAACAAGUAGGCUCAGGUGGACAAGUUGUCGAAAUCCGGGAGGCCAAGCGAAUUGCUUUGGAGGGUAAUGACCUCAAUGUCUAUCAACAAUGGCUCGCUAAUCAACGGCAACUACAAACAACUCAAACCGGGGAUGCCACUUUAGAAACUAAUGACGCUUCUUCGGAUUCUUCCUCAGAUUCAGAUGAGUCAGAAACAGAGCAGCAGGGUAAAGCGCUUAACAUUUCUGCGACCAUGGGUCAAGUGAAUCGAAAAAAAAUCGGGCUUAGUGAUGAGGACCUUGGUGUCAAUAUUUUACUGCGAAAAAAAGGAGUACACGACUAUAACGUGCGAGGCAAGAAAGGGCGCGAGAAGAUGUUUCCCCUCGCCAUACGGAGAAAGAGGAAUGAUGAGUUUGGGGAGCUCAUCCGACCAGAAGACUUUCUACGAGCCGAAGAACGUGAUGAAACUAAUGGUCAGGAUGUGCGCCAACAGCCGGGAAAAAACGAUACAAAAGAUACUUUGGGUAAAAAACGGAAAUGGAACGAUGUUACAGCAGCAGGCGAGAGAGGCAAUGCAAAAAACGGUAGUAAAAGACUUCAUGGUAGUCGAGGCCAGCGAGAAGAUUCUGAAGACUUAACUCGAGCUAUCGAGGAUGAAGCAUCAGACGAAGAGACUGCAGAAGAGAUCAAUGGUCCGACUUGCAUUUGUCGAUUUUGCUGGAAUGCAUGA